CACAGCAAGGCUCAUAUCGCCGGAAAAUCAAAACAUUGCUCUCGUAACCAAGCUGCAUUUUAAGUCCUAGUGUUAAAUUACAAAGCUGAAUUGAUAUUUACUGAAACCCAACAUUACAAUGGCACAGAGCCGACUAGAAAAGAUUGGUACAAUCGUGACCAGGACACAAGGUUUACUACGUUCCGGUGCAAUGAAGUGGGACGAUCGACCCCUUUGGUACGACAUUGUAACUGCAUUUCCGCCUAAGGAGGAACCCCGUUAUGACCGUCCAGCGCCAAAUGUUACAGUACGACCGAUAUUUUACUCGGAGGACAAAACUAGAGCAGAAUUUUAUAAGAAUAAUCGUGCCCAAUUCAUGGUGAAUCUGGCAGAUAUAUCGAAUAAAACGCCGACCCAGCAUUUCAUAGGAAUCUACCAAAAGCUCGAAGCACAAGGGGCUUUGGAUCAGGAACGGGUGUUUGAAACUGCACAGGAACUGCUAGAGGAAAAGUUGAAAGAUUUGAAGCAUGAAACCAUCACAACAACUAGUGUUGCGGCGCCGGUCCAUUCACAAACGACAGGAAAAGAAAAGACCGUUGAGUUGCAGGAUAUCUUUAAAGAUUAAAAUGGAUUGUUCAUUUCAAGUUGCUCAAUAAACUCCGUUAUGAGGACCAA